AACACAUUUGUGAGCCGGCGACUCGGGGGAAAAAGUAAACAUGCAACAGAGACACCCUUUUUAACGAAGAUAUGAUACGUAAACGGUGACCAUUGUAACUAAAAACGAGAUGGCGUAUUGUCGGUAUAUUUGUACUCGCAACUGCAGAAGCUGUUUUAAAGUUUUACAACUUUUAGCCUGUUUUUUAAAUCAGUGACUUCAAGAAAUGUUUCACCAACAUUAUCCGGGUAAAGCGUUAGUCAGCAGAUUGCUUCUCCUGCAUGCUCAGUUUAAUACACGACUUUUAAACAUGUCGAUACCGAGUCAGUCAGAGAGAAGCUGGAGCAGCAGGAGGAGUCCACAGGUCAAUGCGGUCAGGGGGGAAGCAGACCCGGAAGACGUGGUGACGAACAGCCCGGGGGGGGACACCGACCAGGUCGAUAGAAAGCUCACAGAGGAGGAGAUAACCAUCCACAGAGUCCACACAGAAGCAUGUGAGGUAACAGGAAUCCCAUCAGCAAAGAAGCAGAUGUAUGUCGACCCUUCAAGUGGGUACAAGGUGUUCACGGAGUAUGCCCACCUUCAGAGAGGGAAGUGCUGUGGCAGCGCGUGCAGACAUUGUCCAUAUGGCCAAGUCAACGUGAAGGACCCUGCCAUGAAGAAACACUUUAACUCUCUGUUUUAUGUGUAGGCCUAACAUGACAAAGGUAAAAUCUUUGUUUAGAAUGGUUCCUUAUCUUCAGACUGUCGUCAUUUGGACGUCUUGAGUGUCAUUUUUUUAGCAGUGUACUAAAUGAUGAAAUAUGGAUAGCGUCUGUGCAAUACCUAUCUCCUUUGAGUCACUAAACUGAGGAUUGUUUUCAUACCAAAAAAAAAAAGUAUGAGGAUUUGUUCACUAGAACCUGAUGUGAAAUAGUCUUUUAUCAGAUUGUUUUCUAAUGUACUGUACUUCUCCAAUGUCCAAUGAAAUGCCUUGAGCUUCA